ACUGACUCGGGCAACAAACAUCAUUGUUUCUGCGUCUUCUUAGGCUUCUUGGGCUUCUUCUAGGAUCUCUCACCCCUUGGAUUUAGAUUGAAGAAAUCUUCAUUCCCUUUUCUUUUCUUUCCCCCAAAUAUAAUUAUUAUUUUUUUGCCCUACCUUUCUCUCCUAGAUCGCCUUCUCCCUCCAGCACACACAUACACACACGAAUCCACAAGAUGAGGCCAGCAAAGAGGCCGAUCCACGCCCUUUCGAUGUGGGUUCGGAGGCAGCCGUCCAAGGUCAAGGCUUUCAUCGCCGUCGUCGCCGGCAUGGCAUCCCUCGUUCUGCUUCGUUUCAUCGUUCACGAUCAUGACAACCUCUUCGUCGCCGCCGAGGCUGUUCAUUCCAUCGGAAUCUGUGUUCUCAUCUACAAACUCAUGAAGGAAAAAACUUGUGCUGGGAUUUCACUAAAAUCACAGGAACUGACAGCCAUAUUUCUGGCUGUUCGACUUUAUUGUAGCUUUGUCAUGGAAUAUGACAUACACACUGUACUUGAUUUAUCUACAUUAGGCACCACAUUAUGGGUUAUUUAUAUGAUCCGGUUCAAAUUAAGGUCAAGUUACAUGGAAGAUAAGGACAACUUUGCUCUCUAUUACGUGUUGUUGCCAUGUGUCGUCUUGGCCUUGUUAGUUCAUCCAUCCACAUCUCAUCAUUUCAUCAACAAGAUCUUUUGGGCAUUUUGUGUAUACUUAGAAGCUGUUUCUGUUCUUCCUCAGCUCCGGGUGAUGCAAAAUACUAAGAUUGUUGAGCCUUUUACUGCUCACUACGUGUUUGCCCUGGGAGUUGCGAGGUUUUUGAGUUGCGCUCAUUGGGUUCUCCAGGUUUUGGAUACUCGAGGUCGGCUACUGACAGCUCUUGGUUAUGGAUUAUGGCCUUCUAUGGUUCUUAUUUCAGAGAUUGUUCAAACAUUCAUAUUAGCCGACUUUUGUUAUUACUAUGUCAAAAGUGUUUUUGGAGGACAGCUUGUAUUACGUCUUCCCUCUGGGGUCGUUUGAUGGGGGCAAGUUUCGACUCUGGAUACUUCUAGACUUGAUUAUAUAUUUUUUUUCACUAUUCAUACAGUAGUUUGAAGUUAUUUAGAGCCAAAUCUCUCAAACUUUGUAUCCUCCAGUUUUAGGAAACUUGUAAAUUUUGAGCAAUUCUGGCAAUUUGCAGACAAUAACUUAUUUCCUUUAUGUUAUCUUUGUAGCAGUAUUGUCACUGGUUCUUUCUUAUCCUAAUUACUUCACUUA